AUGGAUAACGGUGCUGAAAUAGACUUGUACGAUAAUAUUGAGGAAGAUUUCGUCCAGGAAUCUAAUGAGCUUGCCGAACUCUACGAUGAUGUCAUAAUACCACCGUCUUCGAAACCCGAGCACACUAGUUCCGACUCAAAGCUCAUCCAGGUUAAACCUGUUGCUGCACCAGCGCAGCCUCCUCAUACAGGAAAGCGGUUCGCUACAUAUCUAGGAAAUCUUACAUGGUGGUCUACUGAUGUCGAUAUACAGGAAGCCUUCAGCAGCAUUGGUAUACGAGACAUUCUGGAAAUCAAAUUUCAUGAAAAUCGCCAAAAUGGGCAGUCGAAGGGAUUUUGUGUGAUUGUUUUUGGAUCAGAAUCGUCUGUCAAGAUUGGGAUGGAAAAGAUCUCAAAAAUUGAAAUUAAUGGUCAACAGCCAGUUCUUACAUACUGUACAAAACAAAGCUUGGCAGUUUUCGAGAAAGCUGCCAGCAACGAUGGAAUCAUUCAAAACUCGUCCGCCUCUGCCUUGCUUGGUGCGGCAUCGAAUAGUCGCAUUCCCAGUGGUUCAAGUAAUGGACGUUUACCCCCACCACUAAUGAGCACUCCUGCACUUCCAGCGUCUCUUGGAUUUAGUAUUCGGGGCAGCUCGUCACUCAUGGGUCGAGCAUCCUCAUCUCGUUCUGCUGGUGGGGCGCUCUCGCUUGAUUUGCUCAUGUCUGGUUUCAGCCUACCUACAACUCUCUCUGCUAACCCUGGAUCAAGCCUCAUCCCUACACCUCCAUUAGCUAUACCUGGCACAUCUGGUGCCAACGCACAUAUCAACCCCAACUUCCUGCAGCAGGGCGGAUUAAAUCAAGCCGGAGCAGUCGGGGCAAAUUCUUUGCUUCAAACCCAAUUGGGUGCUUCUGUGCUCCGUCCCCAGCUGGAUCAGUUCGGACGCUCUGUGGUGCAACCAUACACGCCAGGUGAUAUAGCUUCUGAUUGUACAUUUUUCACUUCUAUUUUAGGUCAGACAUCAAAGAUAAGUGAGGCGGAAUUUGAAGAUAUAAUGGAAAAAAAUAAGACAGUGUCUUCUACCGCUAUCAAUCGGGCUGUUCCGGACGCAGCUUGCGGGAACUAUUCGAGGGCAAUCGAAACGCUGGUUACCGCAAUAUCUCUGAUUAAGCAGUCGAAAAUUGCAAAUGAUGAUCGGUGCAAAAUCCUUAUCGAUUCCUUGCAGGACACACUUCAUGGAAUAGAAAUGAAGUCUUAUGGCUCAAAGGGUGGAGGUAGCAGCAGUGGUGGGAGUAGACGUCGCCGGCGUUCCUAUAGUAAUAGCGGUAGUGAGGGCGAUGACUACAGAGGUGGCAGUCGGCAUCAUCGCAGUAGUCGUCAUCGCUCUCGCUCUCGUUCACCUCGUGGCUCACGAAAUGACGACAAGCGCCACCGAUCCUCUCGAAAUGAACACGAUAGACUUGGCGGUCGCGAUUAUUAUGGCAGUGGUUCGCCCUCGUAUCAUAAACUUGUACUAUUUCUCCCUAAAUCGUCUCCUCAUUCAUGGCACAGCCUAAUGACCAGCGCCUCACAAUACACCGUCCUAAGAUUGUGGCACGUGUUGGACAGUGGCAAAUCCCCGUGUGCCCUUGCAUUUUUGUGUUAA